AGCACAGAGCCCGAUGCGGGGCUCGAACCCACCAACUGCGAGAUCAUGACCUGAGCCGAAGUCGGACGCUCAACCGACUGAGCCACCCAGGCGCCCCGAAGAGUGACCAUUCUUGGGGCUGUUCCUCCCUGUACAUUCCUGGUUUCCCCUCCUGGCAGGGCAAGCAUAACGCAUCACUGCCCCUACUUCCUCUCCCUAUGCUCAGCCUCCACUUUCUCUGUGUGUCUGAGGUGGGACUGGACAGCCAACUAUGAGAAGGUAGGAAAGAGGUGAUGCUGACCUCCUUGCCCAGCGCCCAGAUCUUCAAUCCAAAUUCAUGUGGCAGGGUAGCCACACGUCCAAGCACAAGAGAAGUGGUUGGGGAAGGGGAAGAAAUUGGCAUUCUGUAUAAUACAAAGGAGGUCCUUUGGACUUUGGCUUCUGCCAAGAAGAAGAAUUGAACCAAUCUUUUUACAUGAGGGAAGGGAUGGGGGGGUUCUGGAAGAGCCCCGCCCCCCAACUCUGCUCAUGGCUUGAACCCAAGCCAAGGACAGAGUGCUGUCCUCUUCAAGUCCUGAUGUUACCUAAACCCAAAGCCAUAACCUAGCCACAUCUUCCUGGAGGACAGGAAGUUCCCAGGGAGGUGGCAUCUCUCCUUUGUCUCUCUGCCAAGUCUUGAUGCCUCCCAAGACUGUUAGUUGUUGCUCACUUCCUAUUAAUCUAAAAAUUAUUACAUGAUAUUAUUUACAUGACAUGUAAAGAUAUCCAACAUUCUGGCCUCUCAGUCUGAGCCCAUUUCCCUUCUCCAGCUUCCUUCCCUCCUUCUCCUGUAUGACCCAGUGCAGUUCUCCAGUCUAGACCUGCAUCUGAGGCCACACCCCAGCCUACUCACUCCCCUCACCCCUCUUUCCUCUCCCUGCACCUUCUUGGGCUCUUCUCAUCUGGUCCCACCCCUGAGGAGUCCUCCUCCCUGCUAGGCUCUUCUGGAACACAAAGACCAUCCCUCCCCCCCUCCCCAGUGAAGGGAGGGCUAGGAGUUUCAGCCCCACCCUCAGGAAGAUGUGUCUUCCCCCUCCUCUGCUUCUUGGUACUUCCUCUCUGGCCAACGUAGCUGACAGCACGCAGACCUGGGGCCAGGACCCUGGAACUGGGACAGAUCUGGUAAUAGGCUACGCCACUCUGCCCUGGCCUUGGGAUUGGCACCAGCUUCCAACCAGUACGUGGCAAAGUCUAUAAGUCCUUGCAGUGGCCCCGGACGCUACAUCUUCUGCAGCACCUCCUCACUAGGUGUCAUGUUCAUCGCUCUGCUGACGAUCAUCCUCCUGUCGGUGGCACUGGUUGUGGGGCUUCCCGGCAACAGCUUUGUGGUGUGGAGCAUCCUGGUAAAGAUGCAGAAGCGCUCUGUCACUGCCUUGUUGGUGCUGAACUUGGCCCUGGCCGACUUAGCUGUAUUGCUUACUGCCCCCUUUUUCCUCCACAACGUGGCCCAACGCACCUGGGUGUUCGGACUGGCUGGCUGCCGCCUGUUUCACUAUGUCUGUGGAGUCAGCAUGUACGCGAGCGUCCUGCUGAUCACGACCAUGAGUCUGGACCGCUCGCUGGCGGUGGCCCUCCCCUUUGUGUCCCAGAAGGUUCGUACCAAGGCCGUUGCCUGGUGGGUGCUGGCAGGCAUCUGGGUGAUGUCCCUUCUGCUGGCCACGCCCGUCGUCGUGUACCGCACGGUGACCUUGGCACCGAACAACUGGAGCCUGGUGUGCUUCCUGAAGUACCCCAGCGAACGACUCAACGCCUUCCAUCUACUCUUCGAGGCCCUCACCGGCUUCCUGCUGCCCUUCCUUGUGGUGGUGGCCAGCUACUCCGACAUCGGCCGCAGGCUGCAGGCCCGGCGCUUCCGCCGCAGCCGCCGCACGGGCCGCCUGGUAGCGCUCAUCAUCCUGACCUUCGCCGCCUUCUGGCUGCCCUACCACGUGGUGAACUUGGCCGAGGCGGGCCGGUUGCUGGCCGGCGGAGAGGGGGAGCCGUUGCGGAAACGGCUGCUCCUGGCGCGCUACGUAUUCAUCGCGCUGGCCUUCCUGAGCAGUAGCGUGAACCCCGUGCUGUACGCGUGCGCCGGCGGUGGCCUGCUACGCUCGGCCGGCGUGGGCUUCGUCGCCAAGCUUUUGGAGGCCACCGGCUCCGAGGCGUCCAGCACCCGCCGCGGGGGCACCCUGGCCCAGACGGUGAGGGGCGCCCCCGCCACUCCCGAGAAUGGCACCACCGAGAGCCUCACCGUCUCCAACCCUCUCCAGUGAAGCGAACUGAACUAGGUCUGGGUGGUGGUGGUGGUGGUGCUGCCACUGUUGGUGGAAGGUCGGCUUUCCUCCUGGCGGAAUGCCCCCACGUUGGCCUGGCCCAGUGCUGUACCCCUAGGAGGAGAACGCCAGUGGGGUGGAGCAGAAGAGGAGGGAGGGGCGGGGCAGGUAAGGGCCCAGUGAAAGCCUGGGGCAGCUUUGCUAUUAAAACUGAAGCCUCAAAUUGGGUCAA